AUGUCGAAAUACGCGGCGUCAGCCCCGGGGUGGGUUGACUCGGACGAAUCACCCAUCGACAAGUACUUCCGCCCACGCCCGGUGGCCGACGAGAAGGCGCCCUCGCAGGCAGCAUUCGACCUGGAAUUCGAGCUGGAGAGAAUCAUUGUAGAAGCCAAAACCGAGCAGACUGCCCAGGCGCCGCGUUCGCCGCGGUCGCCGCAAAAAGAGGAACAUGUCGUGGCGCCAUUGAAUGUGGUGACACGGAAGAGCACUAGUGCCUCCCGGGGGGCCACAGCACAGGCACCUCCCGCGCUAGCGCCCCCAAGGAGUCGCCAGAGCGCUCAGCCCGGCGAUCUCCCGCCUUACAAGCUCUUCCCUUCCAACACCACAAAACACGCACGCCUCGAGUCCAACUCGUCUGCCGAGUCCGACGCCUCGGCACCCUCGAGCAUGAAACCCAGCACAGACAGGUCGGCCUCGACAAAGACGGUCUCGCGACGACUGCGCUCGUCGCUGAGGCUGCCGCCCAAUCUGCGACGCCAGCGACCGCCAACCCCGCAGCUUGUCCAUGAGGAAGCGGAACCCAUCGAGGGCGGUUCGCUGGUAAGCCUCGAGGACGACCAGGCCGCACUGGCAAAGAGCACUGACCGCUACAUUGACGCCCAAAUCGCCAAAGCCCUGGACGUGGCCAGCGAGGAGGACAGCGACAACCUAGAUGCCGGGGCUGACGGCAGCGAGAGUGACAAAAAAUCUAAUAAUAUCAACCCUCAGGAUGAGGGCGAAUGGUCGACCAUCUACCCGCUGAAAGCGGUCAAGAAGCUGGGCAUUCCUUUGAUGUCCAGCAGCCACAUCCCCCGCCUCUCCUCCUCAGACAAUGAAAAAUCACUGCGAUUGCAAUUACCCAAACUCAACACAAUCCCGCCGAGCACCCUCGUUAAGCCUGAGAUCAUCCCGCAGCCACCACCUGCCAGCGUCAGCAAGUACCCCGAGACCCCGGACGAUGUGGGUCUGCACACGCGGUCUUUUAUCGUGGAUUCACCCUCCGUACAGUCGCCGAUCGAGGAGGAAAAUGAGAUGGGCGAAGACGACAACGAUGCUAUGCCACACAGUGACAAAAUAUUCAUCGAACUCAACCACGUCGAGACCGUGACGGACGAGAUGUCUCCCAAGACGCAGGAGGUUCCGCUGACGCUAACGGUCGAAACUAGACCCCACCACUCUCGACGUCAAUCAAAGCUGUACGAACUUGAUGGAAAUGGGUCAACCCCUGUCGUCGCAUCACCGAAUCCCUUCGAAAAUGUAAACCUUCCAAUGCCGUCUCAGAUGCCCGAGAAAGUUGUCAUAUCGUUGAUGGAAAAUGUGAACAACCUGGAAGAACUUUUCAACUAUGCCCUUCUCAACAAGCAAUUCUACCGCGUGUUCAAGGCAAAUGAGCUCUCGCUGAUCAAGAAUGCCUUGUUCCAGAUGAGUCCGCCUGCCUGGGAACUGCGCGAGAUGAGCCCGCCGUGGACAGAGGAAUUGGAAGGCUUAAAAGAUCCGGAUGCCCCGGUACCGGAAUAUACCCCUGAAUCUUACCUACGACACUACGGUCGCGAUAUGAUUAGACUUGCCAAGCUUAAGUCGCUGAUUCUUGCGCGCUGCGGGACUAUCGUCCGACCGGAGACUAUCGCGGGUUUAGCCGGUAGUGAUGAGAUGCGAGCGGACGAGAUCGACGAAGCGUUCUGGCGUAUUUGGACGUUUUGCCGUAUUUUCGGGUGUGGAAAGAAUCGAGAAUCCGACGUUAAUGGGCAAAUGGACUGGCUGAACGGUGGGGACUUGGCGGAGAGGAACAAAUCCGGUGCUACUGUUCUCAUGGCAGAGCCGUUCUUCAGCAUCAACAAUGUUCUCUUCGACCCUCCUGCAGGUUUCGGGAAGGGCAAUGGAGACGGACUCACACACGGACAGUUAUACGAUAUGAUAGAAAUCUGGCUGUGCCUUGGUGUUCUUUUGCAGGUCAUUCAUGGUGAAAGCAAAGAAGCCCGGAUUGCCGGCGUGUUCGAGGGCAUGGAUAUCUCGCCUGGUGAUAUACUCAAGGAAGACGCCAUGCUAGAGGAAUGGACUUACUACAUUCUCACGUUAGGACCUUCUGCCUUGGUCACUUUGAGUUCAGUAUGUCCAACUGACUCGGCUCAAGCGACAUUCGCCAAGGCCAAACAGAUGGGCGUCACGAGGUGGGAGCCCCCAGAGUACGGAGCAACCCGCCAGGCGUUCCUCCGCGAGGCGAUUACUCGCACGUAUGAGAUCAGAAUAGCUCCGCAACAGAAUGCACAAACUCGGUCUGCUAGCAAUGGCGGGUCCCCGGUUCGGCAAAACCAUUCUGCUCCUAUAGAUAACCGAAGCAGCUACAACACGAUGCACAGCGCCCGGGAGCCAGGACGCCGACCAGACAUCUCAUUCUUCAACUCUGAAGACUCGUCUUUCGGCCCAUAUAACGGAGCUCCCCCAUACACAGCAAACAACACAGAGAACUUGCCAGCGCCAGCUCCGGCAUCGGGCCCUCCUCCACGAUAUUCAGCUCAUGAAACAUUUAUUGAUCCUGUCGAUCGGGCUAUCCGCAUGAUGGUCCAUGAUCUUGGGUUUAGCGAACACGACGCUAAAUGGGCAUUGAAGAUUACCGAUACUGGCGACAUGCUGGACACCGAUGCCGCCGUUCGACUACUUCAGAAAGAACGCAAGAGGAGGAAUAAGGGCAAGAUGACACAACUGUGGAGAACCGGCUCCAACAACAACAGCGGGGACGAGAGUGGCCCAGAGAACCUGGUCGAUCCGCUCGUCAAUGUGCCGAAGCAUAGCGGAGCAGUAGGAUGGCGAUGGGGCUAA